UGCCAUAGCAUCGAGCAGACUGCGGGACAACAACGCGAAUAUUGCUGAUUUAAGUGAUCAGAACAGACCAACAAAGGUGGCUGAAAACUUUUCUGAACUGUAUGAUAACGAGUGGACAGAUGCUUUUGAUGUACUUCAGGAUGAACUUGGUGAAAAGGAAACCAUAGAUUUCCUUCUUAUUACUUUGAUGGAAUCAUUUAAAAUAUGCCAAGAACUUUCCUCCGAAAAUUAUCUUGAAAAAGUGCAACACUGCAUUGAACUCCCAGUACAGAGGGUACCUUCGGUAAGCACACAAUGUGCACUUCCAGACGAGUUGAUUCAGCAAAUCAAAGAGUUCCGGAAGUCACGUGCACCAUACGUCAUCAACGAUGUUAUAAAGGAAGUAUUAGACAAAGUACAAUCCAAGUAUGACAGUAAGGAAGAAGUACAGGCGUAUAAACGCAAGUGUGUCGAGUUGUGCUGGUUAAUGGUUGUACAGAAUCCACCACUGAUCCUAUCAACAACCGCUCAACAACAAUUUGAUACCAAUUUGUACAAGGACUAUACCAAGCGGGGGAAGUAUGUAGACUAUGUGGUUUGGCCAGCCUUGUUGCUUCACGAAGGCGGUCCUCUCUUAUCAAAAGGCGUAGCACAGGGUUGCAAAAAGCAGUCGUAGAUGAAGAUAAUAAAUAUCUGAUCCGCUCCUUUCUGUACAAGUAGGAGGCCCUGUUAUAUCAAAAGACUUUUGGCAAAGGAUGCAAUGACCAAUUAUAAACAAUUUUUAAUACCUCAACUAUUUUGCAUUGUAUGUGUAUGUUGUAUAUAAUAAAAAUCUUUUCACAUAAGUAAGCAAUAUAUAUUAAGUAAUCAGUUGAGUAUAAA